CCCCCCGUCUUUUGGCUGGGAGAGCGGCGAGAGAUGAGCCGGGUCUUCGCGGGCGGUUUUCCUCUUCGUGGGGGCGCCGCGGAGGCUUUUGGGGCAGACCCCCGAGGGUGCCGGAGGGGGCGGAAUCUCCUCUCCGCCCCCCCACCUUUUGUUUGGGCCGCUGUGGUUCGUCCGGCGGGCCUGUCCUCGACUGCCGUGGCCGGGAAGGAGGAGGGGCUGCCCGCCACGUGCCCUCCCCCCUCGCACCGGAGGCUGAGCGGCCGCCACCUGGUCGCCUUCCGAGCAGCCCGCAGCAUCGCAGCCAUGACCAUCAGCACGCUCCGCUCGGCCGGCGGCCCCCGCCUGCAGCUGCCCUGCCUGGCCAAGCUGGAGCGCGUGGUGGUGGCCAUGCAGGACCCGGACAUGGGCGUCAAGCUCCGCAACCAGCGCCUGCUCAUCACCGCCAUCCCGCACGCCAUGACCGGGGGCGACGUGGUGGAGUGGCUGGGCCAGAAGUACGGCAUCGGCGAGGAGGAGGCGCUGCACCUGGGCAACUUGCUGGUGAGGCAUGGCUACAUCUACCCCCUGAAGGAACCCCGACGGCUGGUGCUGCGUGCCGACGACGAGGCGCCCUACCGCUUCCAGACUCCCUACUUCUGGCGGAGCACCAAGUGGCCGGCCACCCAGCUGGACUACGCCAUCUACCUGGCCAAGAAGAAUAUCCGCAAGCAGGGGGACCUCAUCGAGCACGAGAAGGAUGACUACAGCCGGCUGCAUAAGAAGAUCAACCACGCCUGGGACUUUGUGGUCAUGCAGGCCAGAGAGCAGCUCAGAGCCGCCAAGCAACGGCGAAGAGGGGAUCGCAUCGUGAUCGAGUGCCAGGAGCAGGCAUACUGGCUCGUCAACAGACCGCUGCUUGGAGGAUCCUCAAACGGGCCGGAGGAAAGGAUGUGCCCGGGCACCAGGACACAGCUGGUGAAGAAUGCUGACUAUUACAAACAGGAGAUUCGCUUCUGUCGUGCAGCUGUGAGCAGGACUCGGGUGAAAUCUUCCAUCUGCUUAGAAGGAUUCAUCAAGUUCAGUGAGCAAUACAUGCCCCAUGACCCCAUCAUGUCCGGCUGCCUGCCCAGCAACCCCUGGAUCACAGACGACAUCACAUACUGGGCUAUGAAUGCCCCCUCGGUCCCUGUGCCCACCAAACUGCGGGUGGAGCGGUGGAGUUUUGGCUUCUGGGAACUGCUGAGUGACAUUUUGGGCCGGGCACAGCUCCUGGCGUUCCUCAAGAAAGAGUUCAGCGCUGAGAACCUGAGCUUCUGGGAGGCUUGUGAGGAGCUGCGUCACGGGGAACAAACGCACAUUGCAGAGAUAGUAGACUCCAUUUACCAGCAGUUCUUGGCACCAAGCGCCACCCGCUGGGUCAACAUUGACAGCAAGACCAUGGAGCGCACUUUGGAGGGCAUCAAGACUCCCCACCGCUACGUGAUGGAUGACGCCCAAAUGCACAUCUACAUGCUCAUGAAAAAGGACUCCUAUCCACGGUUCUUGAAGUCUGAGGUAUACAAAAACCUGCUGGCCGAGGCCAUGAUCCCCCCAGAGACCAGGAAGCGGGUGUUCCCUUUCAUGCGGAAGCCUCGCCACUCCAGCCCCAGCCCGGCCCUCUUGCCUCCUGGGGACCCCGAAGCGAAGGCUGAAGAACGGAGCAAAGCUGCCCUCGAGCCUCAGCCAGAGUAAAGCCAACUUCCUACCCCGAGUGCAAACAAGCCUGGCGAUGAUCCAGUCACCAUGGAACAGCUCAAUCUCCCCCCUCCCCACCAGGAUACCACCACUGGAAAGAAGCCACAAGCGUUCUGGUCCUAGGAUUUGCCCCCCACCCAUCUCGGCCUCACCUUGGGAAGCCCUCUGCUGGCCCAUGGAAGAAGCAACCUCUCCCUUCCCUGCUGGCCACCCAGUGCCCCUUCAUUUGGCUCCCUGUCCCCCUGAUCCUACUUGGCCAAACACACACACCUGUCAUCCCCCCCACCCCAGCCCAUCUCUAGCUGGACGGUUUGAACAGGCAAUAAAGCUACUUUUGGAAAUGAAUGGUGCUGGUCCUCUGAUCCUGAGCUGACUCUCUGAUGGAAAGAGCAAAUCCUGACCCACUGUGGAUGGAAGCCAGGGCCAGAAAGCCUCUCUUUGCCUGAUGUGAGCAGGGGGAUGGAGUGCGUGUGUGGGGGGGGAAGGGAAAAAUUGUUCCCCUGCCUGUGGGACCCUCCUGUGUCAGCUGUGCCCCUGGAAUUCUGGAGACCUGCACUUGGGCAGGCUGUUUUGAAAUGGGCACGUGCCCAUGCUGGGGGCAGGAGCCAGUGGGAGGGCAUGAUCCGGCAGCAGCAGCAGCAGCUUCCUCGUGGAGGAGGGCAAGACCUUCAGGUCUCCCCAGAGCUGCACUGCUUCCUGGACCAGCCUGGGCAGCGCCCCAGUGUUAAACUCCCUCCCGAAUCAUGCCUGGGCCUCUUAGACCUCCUGGGCCUGUAGUGGCGGAGCGGUUAAAGCCUCGGGCUAGGGACUAAAGUUCAAAUCCUCACUCCUGCAGAAGCUGGCUGGGCGGCCUUGGGCCAGUCCUUCACUCUCACCCCUGACCCCGGCUACGAAUUGGAUGAGAGAAUUGUGAGAUGACGGAGAGGUCCGUGGGGGAGACUCUGGGUUUGACAAGUCGAGGGGGGUCGGUGGCAGGGACCCCUGAGCGGCUUCUAACCAUGGCUCUGAUCUUGGGCCAAAGCCGGGUGGAGACUGCGGUGCCUGCCUAUCCCGGAGGAUGCUUGGACGGAAUAGGGGGUUGGUGGCAGGGACCCCUUUGCGACAUGGCAGCUCCCACUGACAGAGCCUAGAAUUUGGCGAUUUGGGGGUGGGGCGGUGGCAGAGCCCCCAGAACAAACUUUCCAGUAUCUUUCGCCCAAAAAACAUCAGAGAGUCCCCUAGUGAAGAGCGGGGCACGCCUUUUAAGAACACGGCGGCAGCGCUGGGAGAACGCUGGAGCUUACUAACGCUGGAAUUGAUUACAUAUCACGUUGUGGACCUGCACAUUAUUUCUCACUAUUUCAAAAUAGAUGCAGUCGAAUUAGGGUUCUUGGAUUUCGUAUGGUGAAAAAGUAGUGUUAGUGAAAUAAGAACUUGAGUUAGACUAAUAUGUAUUUGCUAAAUUGAGUUUGGUAGUGUAGUGUAGGUAGGAUUGUUAUUGUUGCUUAGGCUAUUCUACUUAGGUUCUUUGGACUAUGACAUUUUUGGUAAGGCGCCAUCUAUUUUUCAAUCUUUUUGCUAUGUCAGGUUAAAUUGUUAUGUUAAUUAUUAUGAUGUGAGGUUUAUUGUAGGCUGGGUGGUUGUGGAAUCGUAGUGGGGAUAUUGUUAUGUUAUAUUGCUGUUAUUGCAUUAUUGUUAUUUCAUUUGAUAUACUAUGUUACUGUUAUUAUGUAAUUAUCAUAUUAUUGUUGUCAUGUAAUGUUAUAUUAAUGUUGGGGAUGUUAUCAUAAGUUGUUCAACUUGCUCUGAGCUGUUAACCUGAUAGUAUUAUUUUGAUCUUGAAUUGCUGUUUUUGUGGAUCCACCGAAAUUGAUAUUGUCUUUAUAUGUA